AUGGCCUACUGCAAUCCACCAACCCCGGCGCAGAACGCAGCUGCUCUGGACCAUUUCAUCUACCUCCCGGUUUCCCAGGAUAUGGUUUCCUACCUCGCGCACAUGGCUUCGCAGGUGAUCCGCUGCGAGAACCAGGUUGUGCUCGACAAGACCCUCCCGCCAACACCACCAACCACGCCGCCUCACAUGUCUGGAUAUGGCGAGCCACAGCUUCCCUCGCUGGAGCUCUUCAUCAACACGCUCGUUGAGAGAUCUCACGUCCAGGUGCCUACUCUUAUGACCUCGUUGGUCUACCUGAGCAGGCUGCAGCAGCGGUUGCCUCCAGUUGCCAAAGGCAUGAAGUGCACAGCGCACCGCAUCUUCCUUGCCUCGCUUAUCCUGGCGGCCAAGAACCUCAAUGACUCUUCACCCAAGAACAAGCACUGGGCACGGUACACUGCUGUUCGAGGGUUUGACAGCUUCGGCUUCAGCCUCACGGAGGUCAACCUCAUGGAGAAGCAGCUGCUUGGGCUCCUCGACUGGGAUUUGAGGGUCACCGAGGACGACCUGUACUACCACCUGGAACCCUUCCUUGCCACAAUCAGAGAAUGGCAAGCUCGGCAAGCCGAGAAGGAGAGGGUCCGGCAGGAGAUGAUGAUGCUCGAGCAGAGGAGACAUGAUAUGCUUGCCGAGCAGCAACGGCGAUCGGCCAUGGAUGCUGCGAGAUACUACGAAUCAUCGCAGUCGUACGUUAACCAGUACGCCUCGCGGUCAGCCUACUACGCUGCCUCGUCGAACGGUUCAUCGCGUGCUCCAUCGCGGACGCCAUCGCUCUCGCCACCAACCCGCAGCCAGUCAUCUGCCUCUUACUCGUCUGCCGACUCCUACACCACGACCUCCUCGCCAGCCAGCGUCAACUCACCUUACGCAAUCCCAGUCGCCGAGGACCUUCCCGUCCAGAUCCAGCAGUACGACAGCCACCAGGUCCCAUCCCUCAUCACCAUCCAACCUCCCGUCCAAAAGCGACCCUCCAUGGCCGUCCUCCAGAGCCAAACCCACGCCCUGCCGCUCGACCAAACCGACCCUCACCCCGCGAAGAAGAUGAAGACCAGCAGCUUCCUCAGCAAAUUCCUGCCCACCACGCUCACCCGACCUGGGUACUAA